UAUGUGAGGAAAUGACCGGAGUUAAAUAUCUGCUUCAUCUAAGUCCAAUAAGAAGCUCAACCAUGAGAAGACAGAGAAGAAACAUCAGAGAGAAAUAAAGGAGCUGGAAAUAUUGAACACAGAAGUUCAUAUCAUCUGAGUUGGUAACUUCAGCUCAAAUUGUGUCCCUGUUCCUCUCAGUGAGGUUUAUUGUCAUGUGGUUUUCAUUGAGCCAACAUUCUCAGGUCUAAUCAGGGUCUAAUGUGGUCUGCAAGGUCCACCUAUGAAUGAACUCUGGGCAGAACUGGUUUAUUAGGGACCAUGAAGAAGAAGAAGUCUCCUGAUGUUGUCUAAGGAGAAGAAGAAGCUGCAGGAGGAACUGGAGACCAGAAACAAAGAGCUGAAGGAGAUAAACAAGAAGCUCAAAGACAUGGAGAGAGAAGUAGUUUAUCCACACACAUCACUCUCAUCAGAAACACAAAACUCAGAGAAACAUGUAAAGUCCAGAAAUACAACCAGAGGUAGAUGAUAGAAAGAACCUCAUGGAUGGAGAGAGAGAAGUAAAAACACACAGAAACAUCAACCUGAAGCACUUUUUACUUCAAUGUUUAUUAUGAAUAAAAUAUGAACCAAAACUAUUUAAUUCAUGUCAAUGAGUGCAACAAAUGAAACCUCACUUCAUCUCUUCUUUCUACCAGUUAAUGAAGCAGAUCAACCAACAGGAAGAGAAACAUCAGAGAGAAACAAAGGAGCUGGAAACAGAGUGGGAGAAGAAGCUCAAAGAGGAGGAGAAGAAAAGAGAAAGAGCUGAGAAAGAAGUGGAGACACUGAAGAGGAAACUGGAGACUGAGUCAGAGAGAAUCAAACCUGAACAAACACAGAACGGCAGCAGCUCAGACAGUCAGGAGACAUUAAGAGAUAUCACUGUGGACAUUAAUCUCUACUGCAGACAUAUUUGUCUCAGAAACAAGUUUGAUCAGGACAAACCACUGGGAGGACGUCAGUUAAAAGUCCAGAUCAAAAAUAGUGAACCCAUCACAUACACAUUUGAUCCAUCAGUGGAAGUAAAGCCUGGAAAGUCUCUUUUUAUAUACCAUCCAGACUGUGACGAGAGUUUUACUCUACCUGGUCAACUGUUCUGGAAGGACCUGAAGUCCUGGGGCCGUGGAGACAUAGUCCAGGUCUCUCUGCAGUGAAAUAGUUCCCAGUUGAACUCCCUCAAUAAAGUUCAGUAAUCCAGCAAACAGCAACAUUAUAGAUGAGAAACACUUGGCUCCAUUUUAUUGGAUUAGUCAAGUUUGAUGUGAACGUUGGUUUGUUUAAAGACUUUUACAGGAUGACGUCAGUGUUUUAUGUUGUUAAAAUCUGACAGAUUGAUUGUAAAUGUUAAUAUAAUAAUGAGAUUUAUGAUAAUUUAUGAAACACAUGCUGAUGUAAAUUUUGACAUUAAGCUUGAAAAGCUUAAAUGUGAUUACAGUUUAAAAAAUAAAGAAUAAUAAAAAAUAAAGAGAUACUUUUGUAUUUAUUGAC